GCGACCUGACAGCUGACGUCAGGGGUCUGAGAUGGACGCAGCUUCCCGCGCGACUACAAACAGAGCUCACCUCCCCGGUUUCCCUCACACGAUGCUGCCGUUGCUUGUGUUUGCUUCACCAACUUUCCGUUUCAUCUUUGCCCUCUCUUCUUCUCGUUCUGUGUUUGUGUGUCUGAGGUAGACACGAGAUACAGACAGAGAGGCAGACUUACAGAAAGGCUGACCGACAUAUUCACCGUCCGCUUGCUUGGUGUCUGAUCAUAGCCCGUGAUUUCUUUGUAGCUUUCCACCUUGUAUUCACCGUGCCCCUUUCCCGCCUUCGCCUAAUUCCAGGGUGGCAGUUGGCUCCUCGAAAUAUUGCCCAGUAUGGAAACCGCGCCUGGCUCUUCGCCUUCCCCGGCAGCACCCGCCGUGGGGCAGGAUGCGGUCGUGCAGGAGGCAGCGAUGGACGUACCACCUCACAACCACCCAAGGAGUACAAACACAGAAACCCCUCCUGCCAGCUCUCACCCUGCUGCUGCACCUGAUCCGACUUUCAAUCCUGAUCCCAACAUCAACACUUUACCCUCAGAAAACGACGAGGACCAAUACAACUACGCCUACUCUGACGAGGAGAAUUUGGACGCAUCUUCUAUUUGCUCCUUUGAAGAAGAAGAAGACGGUAACUGGGAACGAGACCCAGACGACCUCGACAAAAUGGCCGGCUCAAGACGCCCUCACGGCCAGCGCCGUCGUACUCAGACCGAUCUUACCGGCGUCCUCACUCUCGAGGAGAAGAACGAGCUCAUCAAUCUGGUCAGCAACAUCUUGGACAGUAUGCAGGACCAGAUAAGCAACAUCUUUCACUCUCCUCCCAUCACUCCCGCUACGACCGAGGACCCCCAGCACUCGUGGCUAUCCCUCUCGCUGCUGAAGAACAAGGUGACCAGCAAGCCUGCCACCCCUCAAUCUGAGAGCAGCGCCAACAAGGAGAAUGCCGGCUCUGCUUCGACUUCGAACCAGCAGAAGAGUGGGUUGACGUACAACAAAGCCCAUGAGAUAGUCGAGAAGGAAGAGAAAGAGGCCAUGACGCCUCAGCUUCAGGAGCUCAAGAAGGAGUGUCUUGUCGUCUUCAGGAAGUGGCAGGGCAAUGUCCUGACGCGCGCCAAGGACAUUUCGGUCAAGGAUUCCGAAGCUUCAGCCGCCCCAGCCGGUCGUGGAGGUCGGGGUGCUGUUCGUGGAGCCCGCGGCGGUCGCGGUGAUCGUGGUGCACCUCAGGGAGGUCGAGGCACUGCCCCGCGCGGCCGUGGUAGUAGAGGCGGCGCCCUCAGCGUCAAGACAGGUGGCCCGCCGGCUACCCGUCAACCCGAGACCGACCUCUGGCUCAUCAGACGAUUCCCUCCGAGUGCCACACCACUGACCGCCCUACCAAUCGAGCGCCGGAAGUUGCUGCUUCACACAAUUCUGCUGCUUCUCCUGUCACUGGAGCAGUACACGGCCUUCUCUCGCGUCUUCAUGCUCAAGUUGGCGUCAUCGCUUCACCUAACUCUCCGCUUCUUUCAAGAGGAUGAGGUUCGGGUUGCCAGAGGUCUCGGCAAGACUGUACAGGAGGUCAACGCUGAUGAGGUAGUGGAGGACAAGUCUGCGGAGAACAAAUCGACCAGACGCUGGAAGGUUGGACUUGCUGGCGCCGCCGGUGCUGCCAUCAUUGGUGUCACUGGAGGUCUUGCGGCUCCCCUAGUCGCUGCUGGCAUUGGCACCGUUAUGGGCGGUGUUGGACUUGGUUCCACGGCGGCAGCUGGAUUGCUCGGCACCCUAGCCCAGAGUGGCGUUGUCGUUGGCAGCUUGUUCGGCAUUUACGGUGCUCGCCAGACAUCCAAGAUGAUGGAUCAGUACGCUAGAGAUGUUGCCGACUUUGCGUUUCUACCUCUACACGGCGAAAUGCGAGAUGAGUAUCGCGACGCCAAAGAAAUCCCGUCCAAGGAUCGUCGCCUUCGAGUUGUCCUUGCCCUCAGUGGUUGGCUGACUCAGAAGGAAGAUGUGGUCAACCCCUGGCGUUGCAUCGGCCACCAAGGUGAGGUGUACGCUGUGCGAUGGGAAGUUGCCAACCUGAUGAAUAUGGGUAACUCGCUCGAGACUGUCAUCAAGAGUACCGCCUGGAGUGUUGCCAAGAAGGAAAUCAUCACGCGGACCAUCUUUGCCAGCCUCAUGUCGGCCAUGUGGCCCAUUGGCCUUCUCAAGGUCAGCAAGGUCAUUGACAAUCCUUGGAGUGUCGGAAUGGUCCGAGCCGAGAAGGUUGGCAUGAUCCUAGCGGAGGCCAUCAGUCGCAAAGUGCAGGGCGAUCGACCUGUCAGCUUGAUUGGCUACAGCUUGGCUGCCCGAGCCAUCUACACCUGCUUGAUGGUCCUUGCCGAACGCCGCCAAUUCGGCCUCAUUGAGUCUGUGGUCAUGAUUGGCACCCCGGCGCCAUCCGAAAGCCGAGUUUGGCUUGCUUUGAAGAGCGUUGUUGCGGGCAGACUUGUCAACGUCUACUCGGAGAACGAUUAUAUUCUGGGCUUCCUGUACCGUACGUCCAACCUUCAAUUCGGCGUUGCUGGCUUGCAGCCAAUCCAGGGCGCCGAAGGCGUAGAGAACUACGACGUGAGCAGCAUGGUUAGCGGCCACCUGAGAUACCAAUACAUGAUUGGUACCAUCCUCAAGAACAUUGGCUGGGAGGAUCUCGACUACGCGCAGAUCGAAAAGGACGAGCAAGUCCUCAGUCUCAUGGAUGAGAAAUACGGCCGCGACAAGAGCCAGAAGCCAACUUACGUCGACAUGGACAAGGAAGCUGAGCACAUUCAGGAGGAGGUGCAGCACAAGAACGACGCCAAGCUCGAUUCGAAAAUGAGCAAGAUGAAGAUCCAGGAUUAGGCUACGGAGAGCAUCUUAGCUGCGGUGAUCGGUAGAGAUAUGGUUAGACAUGAGCCAUUGUUAUUGGACGUGGUAAACGGCGUGAAGUAUGGAUGGAUGGACUAUUGCAGUAUUGUUAGCUAUGACACCGGGAAAACGGGCACACACAUUUGUAACACGACGAGAUACGAUCAAUGGGAAAACGAACAUGUUUAUCAAUGGAAUGUCUCACCGGGUAUCCUACUUAAUGGGUAUCAUGCUUCCUCCUUUCUGCUGCUCUGAACGACAAAGUAUUUUCCAGCCGUCCUCGACGCGGUCUCUAGAGGAUUCCAGUCCUCAACUCCUGAGGUUUCAACCUUUUCCCCGCGCAAUCGUUUUGGUCGUUUCUUGUGACCAAAGCGGAUUUCCUUGCCCAGGGCAUUCUGUAGCUCUUGCAAGCCAAUUGUGGCUUCUGCCACGCCCUCUGUUGUUUCGUCGCGUAAUGAACGAAGUGGUUCAACUCCAGUGGUAUCUACGCUCUGAACAUCGCGCACGAAAUGUAGUUGAGAGUGCAGUGUGCGCAACAUCGCGGUCUCCUCCGCCUCGGAUUCGGGGAGCGGGAGGGCGGAGAGGCGAAGGAGGUGGUGUAGCUUUGCGCGGGAGAUUGGUUCCUCUGUUGACUCCUUCGCGGCGCCGCUCUUGGAGGAGGAUGGGAGGAGAGACGCGACAGACCAUGUGGGUUUCGAGAGAAUUGUCGAUGCUGAUUUCGGAGUUGAGAGGCGAACGGAGGAGGAUGUGAAUGUACGGGUCGGGGGGAGGAGCGCGCUGCAGCGCCUGCAGAGUGGACGCAUCGUGGCCAUGACCGUUAUCAAUGGUCUAGGGCUAUGAAUGUUACUUGUUGAGACGGGUCUCAAGUCGCGAUCAUAGGUUGGUGUUGUUUAAAUUGGAUUACCUAGAAGCCGACCUACUUUAGAACCUACAGCUUGAACCCUG